AUGAAUAGAAAUGCUAAGCAUGUAACACCUACGAAAUUGGCCAAACAUCUUAAAAUAUAUACUGCAUAUCUUGUUUUUCGUCGAAUUAACUGGGAUCCUGAUGAAAAACAAUAUGUACCGGAACAAGAAAUCUUGUUCUGUUCGAAUGCAUUUACACCGCUGAACGGUUCACAUCGACCGGACCAAUACGACUACAGUCCAAAUGAAAUACAAAUUAAACAAUCGACACUUUUACCAGCUUCAUCGCGUCAAAAUACUAAUGAAUAUGAUCUUCAAGUAUCAUAUAGUAUUCAAGAAAUGUAUAAGUGUACAGGAUUGAAAAAUAAAUAUUUCAUAAUUAAAAUACUUACUGGCAAUGAAAAAAAGUCAAAUAUUCAUCCAAAUUAUAAGUUAAUGGAUGGUCAAGGACCGGUUGAUUCAUUAUUUAUUCCUGUAAAUGAAUAUAAUUCGACUUUAAUGUUGAAAAUUACUAAAUGUACCGUUGAAGAAUGGAAAACUGAUUCUACAUUAAAUCCGACUGUACCAGUUUCCUCUGCUAAUAUUGCAACAGUUCCUAUGGCAACAGUCUAUAAUACAAGUAUGAAUAGUCUUCGUGUACAGUUACAACUAUGUGAUUACUCAAACAAUGUUCGUGUUCCAUAUCCAAAAUCAAUUGCUGUAUCUAAUCAACUGAUUGAUGGCAAGUAUUGUUGUUUAAAUUACAAGACUCUUUCGUCACCGGAAAAUGAUCAUUCAACAGAUGACAGUUCAACAGAUGAGUUUCUUGAUGAAUCAUUAACAAAUGUGAAACGUUUAUAUGUAAAAAAAGCUGGUGAACGAACUGGUUCACCAUUGCAGAAAAUUCAAAAACAUUAA